AUGUCAGCCGAAGAAGAGCGCCAGGCAGCCCUUAACUCCUACCGUGCCAAGCUCAUCGAGUCGCGAGAAUGGGAGGCAAAGCUCAAGAACUUGCGUCUUGAAAUCAAGGACAUGCAAAGGGAGUUUGACAAGACCGAGGACAACAUCAAGGCGCUACAAAGUGUGGGACAAAUUAUCGGCGAGGUGCUGAAACAGCUCGAUGACGAACGAUUCAUUGUCAAGGCUUCCUCCGGACCUCGAUACGUCGUCGGAUGCAGAUCAAAGGUGGACAAGGUCAAGCUGAAGCAAGGCACCCGUGUGGCACUCGACAUGACGACCCUUACCAUCAUGAGAAUGUUGCCUCGCGAAGUUGAUCCUUUGGUGUACAACAUGUCUUUGGAGGACCCGGGUCAAGUGAGCUUUGCCGGAAUUGGUGGAUUGAACGAUCAAAUUCGAGAGUUGCGGGAGGUUAUCGAGCUUCCCCUCAAGAACCCCGAGCUGUUCCUACGAGUCGGAAUCAAGCCACCAAAGGGUGUCCUGUUGUAUGGCCCCCCCGGAACCGGCAAGACUUUGCUGGCACGAGCUGUUGCCAGUAGUCUGGAGACGAACUUCUUGAAGGUCGUAUCCUCCGCCAUUGUCGACAAGUACAUCGGUGAAUCGGCACGACUUAUUCGCGAGAUGUUUGGAUAUGCCAAGGAACACGAGCCCUGUAUCAUCUUCAUGGAUGAAAUCGAUGCCAUCGGUGGACGACGCUUCUCAGAGGGUACUAGUGCGGACCGAGAAAUCCAGAGAACACUUAUGGAAUUGCUAAACCAGCUGGAUGGUUUUGACUACUUGGGCAAGACCAAAAUCAUCAUGGCCACCAACCGACCCGACACGUUGGACCCUGCGCUGCUUCGAGCCGGUCGGCUUGACCGAAAGAUCGAGAUCCCUCUUCCCAACGAGGUUGGUCGUCUUGAGAUCUUGAAGAUUCACUCGCAAAGUGUUGUGAUCGAUGGUGACCUGGACUUUGAGAGUGUGGUGAAGAUGAGUGAUGGACUCAAUGGCGCUGAUUUGCGAAACGUUGUCACUGAAGCCGGUUUAUUUGCCAUCAAGGACUACAGGGAAUCAAUCAACCAGGAUGAUUUCAACAAGGCUGUCCGCAAGGUGGCCGAAUCCAAGAAGCUGGAAGGCAAGCUUGAGUACCAGAAGUUGUAA